UGUGUCCCCUGCAGCGUCCCUGGCCAUCUCCUCCGGCCGAUGCCGGCAUCCGGCUUCUGUGUUCCGGUCCCUGUGACGUCGGGACGUACGGGCGCCGGAACCGGUGGCAAAUUUGACAUUUUUAAAAAAUGUAAUUUUUUUAAAAAUGAUUAUUAUAUAGUAAAGCAUUGCUGUUUCAAUGCAUUUCACAUAUAUUUUGUCCCUACUGCUUUGUCCUGUGCCCUGCCUGCAUUUUGACUGUUCUUUCUGCCUGGAAACUGAGAAAUGUCCAUGGCGUCCAAAAAGCGUCCCUUUAUGUGAAAAGCUGUUUUAGACCAGCUAGAGAACAGCGAUAGUAAAUCAGAACCACUUGCAGAAUUGAGUGAUAAUGAUUCGUGGGGAAAUUCGUCAUCAGACACUGA